CCCGCCGAAUUCGUAAAUUCCAAAAUUUUCAUAUUUUAAAAUCCAUCUGGAAGAAGUCAUAACUUUAGAUGGGGGAGAGGGGAACUUCGACAAGCCGCCGGCUUCCCGUCCUUGUCGAGGCCACUAGUGUGUUAAUAACCCUCAGGUAAAUUCAGGUAAAUACAUUUCCCUCCCAACAAUAUAAUCACCAUUGAUCCACCGGCCAAUCAGAGCCUCGCCCGCCCUCCCCAGCCAGCCAAUCAGCGCCCGCGAAAACCCAAACACCCGCGCACAGCUGACAUUUGUAAACAAACAAUGGUCGGGAUGAGACCUUCCUUCUCCAAGAGGCGGAAUUUCAGCGAACAGGAGAAGACUCUACUGUUUUCCCUCAUCUCCCGGGAGAAGCAGGUGCUGGAGUGCCGAGACAUCAAGGCCCACAGCCUCGAGGAGAAGCGCAAGUCUUGGGAGAGGGUCACGACCCUCUUUAAUGGUGAGAGGAGCGUGGUGGUCGUGCCCAGGACGGUCGAGGAGCUGAGGAAGUGUUGGAUGAACCAGCGGUACCGUGAUAGGCAGGUGGCCGCUGCUGGCAGAAAGCAUCAUGGGUCGCCCCAGCCUUACGGUGAGAACCCGUCUCCGCCUACCACCAUGAAUGUGGAAGUGGAUCCCAUCAUCCUGAACCAUUCUCCAGAGCCUGUACAGAGUGCGUGGGAAGACGACCUCAGCAUUAAGAAUGAAGAUGAAGCACAAAUUCAAAACCAUAAUCAGCAGCAACAGCAACACCACCAACAGCAACAGCACCAACAACAGCAGCAGCAGCAGCAGCACCAACAAGAAGAACAGCAUCAGCAGCAGCAGCACCAACAAGAAGAACAGCAUCAGCAACAAAAAAAACAGCCACAGCCCAUAGAUGGAACUGGGAGAACGUUAUUCACCAUGGGGACAAUACCCCUUGGCAUCACGACAAGCGCACCUCCCCGAAACAGCUACCGACCCAUUGCUCCUGCUCCGCCUCCGCAGUCACAGCCAACGGCACCCAUAAAUAACUCGGUGUUGGCAGGCGUUCAGCAGUUAUCCAUGAGCAGGAACUUGGCAUUUGACAUGCCGCUUGGAACACCUCCCUCUAUGUCAAGUACAGCGUCACCCACUGGAAUGCAACCCGGCAUUGCCACAAGCCCGCUGGAGUGGCAUGAAACCGAGACCAGCCCACCCGGCACUGUUGGUGGAUCAGUGUGGCCGUCAUCUAUACGAACUUCACAGAAAAGAAAACUAGACAUGGUUCUUGACUUUGACAAACAGUUAGUGUCGAGCCAGUUAAUCACGGCUAAGCUAGAGGAAGAAAAAAGUAGACUGCAGUUAAAAAUCUUGAAUGAACAACUUAAAAAUGUGCAGAGAGAAACAUACUUAAUAGACAGAAAAAUAGCCCUGGCAGACAGGAAAAUACAAUACUGGGAUAAGGUACUGAAACAGGAGGGCACUGAGCACUUCUUAUCCCAUAUAUAGUAUCUGGUACUUUGCCAAGUGGUUAUUUAAGAUGUUUAUUGUACUAGGAGAGAAUCUUCAGUAGCUGCCGAAGCUUACCUCUGGUCUCGCCAAACCAGAGCCCAUCACACCAGAGCCAGGUGUCAUCAAGCACCUGGCGGCCUACACCUGUACAUCUCUCCCUGAUCACAGUGGCUUAGUCUGUUCCUAUUAAACAGCUGAUGAGUUUCGAAACUUCACAACCCAAGGUUAUUAUUGUUAAAGACAACCUCUGUUCUUUGGACUUCAUAAUCAUCAUCUUAAAUGCAAACAAAGCCACCAUGAUUGAGGACAGACAUACAAGUUUCUUAAGUGGACAUGUAAGUACAUGAAUCUUUGCCUUAGCCUCCGAGUCCCUUCUGUCGACUAUCGAAAGCCAUUUGGCUCACUCUGAACGUAUCAUAUGCUUAUCACUUUCAGCUAAGUUGUGCUGGCAUUUCCUGAAAGAUUAGGUGUGCCAGAGCACCCUUGCUUUGUUUGAUUCCAUUUAUGCUUCGUGAUUACGUGUAUACCACCAGCAUUGUGUGUGUGUGCUGUAGCAUUCCAUCUCACUUUGACAGUAGUCAUUGUUACCAGUAGCCAGGGUCAUCUUCCAUUCCCUUAUACCCCAUGAGAGAUACAUGCUCUAAGAGGGGUUGUAGGUGUCCUCAUCUACGACUGACUCAUCUCAACUCGUGCUGCUUUUGGGUAGUGCAUGAGAAUUGUUGUCCUCAGUGGAAGCUGUCAAUUGGUAGGAGUCAGUACACAAACAAAUCACGAUAGUGUGAUAUGUCAAAUGAACAAAGUUGUGCUGAAGCACUCCCGGUUGCAAUUCUCUUGACCAUGUCGUGGCGCAGUCGACUAAGGCGCGUCUGGGAUCAUCCCGGACGUUAGUUCGAACCCUAAUCACGGCUCUUGUGGAUUUGUUGUUAAGAGUCGGUCUUUAUACUGUGUGCACGUUAAAGACCUGCCGAUUGUGCUCUUCCUGCUUGUGUGUGUUUGGAGUCUGGUGCUUUAGCCAAGGGUUUGAGUUGUAUAUGAGAUUUCCUCAUAAUCUGUGGCUGCCUUGCUCCUCUCUCCAAGUACUAUUCAAGGCUGUCAGUAAUGUCCUGUUUGCUCUUGCUCUGGCCCACGAUGUUGGUACAGUACAUAGCAGCUCUUUAUCCCGGUGCUCCCAGUGGCUUCGGUACUGGUGACGGAUGGACCUCGCUACGAGGUUCAUUGCUGCUUUGUAGAUGUUCUUCGUCCUCGAGUGGUGCCGGAGCUUUUCUUUGAGCAAUUCUAGACAAAUCUCGGUUCCUAUUCUGAGCUUCCCUAGUCCUUUGCCAUGUUUGCUGCUACAGCUACAGUGACAACCAGAGUGCUUUACUCUGCUUCUGCAAGAUGUGCACUUCUUUGUGGCUCAUUAUUCCUGUCUGCCAUUUUGGAUUGUGUCCAGGCGGCUGUUUUGUUGACCUCUUCAGUUUGCUGCCCCAUUCUCUCUCUCUUAAUGUUGGUGGAGGAUUUGCAGGUUUGGUGGUUGCAAGUGCAUCUUUACAGUGGCUUCACCGUGUGUUUCGACUGCAGUUGGCAGAUCUGGUUCUGGCUUCAAGUUCAAUCUUGAUGCCCUUUUACAUUUGGUCUCCUUGAUAAGGUAGAGGUUCUGUUAGGUUGGUCGCCUGGGUCAACCUGGUAGUGGUCAGAUGAUACCCGAAGGGUGUGUAUACAUUGUGGUAAUGAAUGUUUGCCUCGUUACCAUUGGUUGGAUACCUGAUUUAUUUCAAGCAGUUGCUUUUUAUUUUGUGCCUAUGCUUUCUGAUGAGUUUUUUUCCAUUUUUUGUUUGUGCAUCUCUGAUCUAAAAAUUACAGUACAGUGGACCACAUUCUUGAAACACAAUCAAGGAUCCUGGGUUCGAGCCCUAUGCUGGACAGAAAUGGUUGGGCAAAUUUUCUUUCAUCUGAUUACUCUGUUCACCUUUCAGUAAACAGAUAAAGUACCUGGGAAUUCGACAACUGUUGUGGGUUGCAUCCUGGGGUUGGGUCAGUAGUUCGACCUUAGGGGGUAUCUCCGUACACGCUUCCUGUCCCUGAUAAGCGGAAGUUAUUUACCUUGCAGAGUGAAGCAGAUUCUAGUCCUGGCUUAAGUUGGGCCUCGGAGGCCUGGGGGCCUCUUUCUAAGGCAUGGCUUCAAAUGAAUGCUUAGCACGGGCAGCUACUGAGGACCUUACCAAACCUGGGACAUUUCAUUAUAUUCAAUGUUUCAUAUUUUAGCUUGUAAAACGUGUUUUUUUUUUUUUUUUUGUGGAGCUGUGUGGGUGAUACGGGUGGUCAAUCACUGCCUCCGAGGGGCGAGAGAUGUUUUGUCAAUGCCGCACUUAAAUGACAAUUUCAGUAACGUGAUCAUAUAGUACAAGUAUUUUAUUUGCACACUUGACUCAUUUCACCACAUCUCUUAAGAUAUUUGAUACGUGUUAUUCCUCCCUCUUAGGGCAUGAUGGAAAUAUUCAGAUGUUCAAUUGCAAGAUUAUUUAAGUAUUGAGGAAUGAUUGAUCAUUUGAGUUUGUGGAGCGGAGGGACGGAAGGAGAGAAGAGGUUUGCAGAACAGAUCAAUAUGUUGCAGAGGAAAGAGAGUCAACACGUCUCCAACAGAGACAUUCUGUAUGUUACCGGUGAAUAGGGGAAAGGUCUCGAUGCAUUACCAGUGAAAGGGGUCAAGUCAUUAUCAGUGUUGGAGGGGGGUGAAGGCAUUACCGGUGCUGGACGGUCAAAGUUUGGUUGACCAGGUCAGAGACCAGGCUGUGGGGACGUUGAUCCUUUGAAUCGCCGCAAGGUAGGUCUCCUUUUUAUUUGUGUAUUAUUGCAAACAUUAUCCCCCUUGAAUCUUUUUAUGUAUAUACUGUUUAUGCGUGUGAUUACAAAGUGUAGUUACAAGAUGAGAGCUACACUCAUGGGGGUCCCGUAUUCUCAGUACUGUCAUACAACACUUUGAAACUACUGAUGGUUUUGAUAUCCAAUACCUUCUCAAUUAUCUUAUUCCAACCUUCUCCAACUCUGCAAAAAGAACUUAAAUAUGUUUUUUGGCACAUUUGUUUCCUUAGCUUGACUCUGUGCCCUCUUGUUUAUGAAGUUGCCGGUUUAAAAAAUCCAUCCUUGCCUAUUAUGUCAAUUCCUGUUACUAUUUUGUAUGUAGUGAUCAUAUUGCCUCUUUUUCUUAAAUUUUCUUCCUUUGGCAUAUUUAACACGUCUAGCCUCUUCUUUUAGAUCUUGUUUUUCAGUUCUGGAAGCCAUUUAGUAGCAUGUCUUUGCAUCUUUUCCAGUUUGUGCUGGAAAUGUGCUUCUUGAGAUAGGGGGCACAAUACAAUUGUUGCAUGAACCAAUUUCCGUCUCACAGCUGUCGUGAACAGUUUCUUUAAUAUUUCACUAUCCAUGUAUUGUGUCCUAUUCUGCAUGCCAUAAUGUGGCAUUUAUUCACAUUGAAUUCCUCCUCGUGCGUGUGUGUCUCCAUUCACUUAUUUUGCCCAGGUUGUCUUGAAGGGCAUGACAGUCUUUUAUUUAUCUGUUCAAAAGUUAUAGUUUUAUGUUGUCAUUUCUGUAGAGGAAUUUGCCCAUUUGGUUUUAAUUAUUUGUUCUAGUGAUUUGACUACCACGCUUGUCAGUGAAUAAGGAAUGCAAUUUGGAGGGUCUUCUCAGAUGCCAUUUUUGUAGAAUUGGAACUGUUUGCCUUUUUCAUGUACUGUAUCUGCAGUACAUGAAAAAGCAGUUAUUCUUCAGUUAUUCUUAUUCUUCGUGUACUGUAUCUGCAGUUAUUGAGCAGUUAUUCUUCCUCAUCUCUAGACACUUCUAUGUAUAUAGUUCUCCAAAAUCCAGAUUUGGUCUGGUUCUCAGAGAAUCCCAUUUUACACACACAUUGUGUGUAUAAUUACCUAAGUGUAGUUACAGGAUAAGAGCUACGCUCGUGGUGUCCCGCCUUCCUUACCUAAGUGUAGUUACAGGAUAAGAGCUACGCUCGUGGGGUCCCGCCUUCCUUACCUAAGUGUAGUUACAGGAUAAGAGCUACGCUCGUGGGGUCCCGCCUUCCUUACCUAAGUGUAGUUACAGGAUAAGAGCUACGCUCGUGGUGUCCCGCCUUCCAAGCACUUUGUCAUUUAAUGCUUUCAAACUACUGACAGUUUUGACCUCCACCACCAUCAUUCUUAACUUGUUUGCUAAAGUGAAUUUUCUAAUGUUUUUGGGCAGCUUUGUUUAGUUAAUUUAGUUCUAUGACAUCUUGUUCUUGAAAUUCCAGGUCACAAGAAUUCUUCUUUUGUCAAUUUCUGUAGUAUUUUUCCAUCCAUGUAUUUAAAAGCAAUUCUGAAAUUGGGAAGAAUAGCAUAGACUCCUUGAACAAUGUUGUUGAUGUGGUCCUCAGGUGACAUAUUUCUGUCUAGAAGCAUCACUAGAUCUCUUUCCUUAUUAGAAUUCUUUUAAGCUUUUUCAGAUAACUUGAAGGUUAUGUGUGGCCUAUUUUUCUCCUAUUCCAAAUUCCAUAACGUGGCAUAUAGUCACAUUAAAUUCCAUUUGGUAAGUGGUGCUCCAUACACUUAUUUUGUCCAGAUCUUAUUGAAGGGCGUGACACUCGUCUAAAUUUCUUAUCUUUCCUAGAAUUUUAGCAUCAUCAACAAAGAUGUUCGUAUAAUUCUGUAUUCCUUCUGGUAGAUUGUUUAUGCAGACAAUGAACAUUACCGGUGCAAGAACUGAACCCUGUGGCACUCCACUAGUGAUAUUUCUCCAGUCUAAUACAUUGCCUCUGAUUACUGCCCUUGUUUUUCUAUCAAAAUUUUUUUCAUCCAUGUUAGAAGCUUACCUGUUAUUUCUACCAUUUUUUCCAGUUUCCAAAACAACUUCUUAUGUGGGACUCUGUCUUAAGCCUUUUUUAGGUCCAGAUAAAUGAAGUGAACCUAACUAUCUCCUGUAAUAUCUCUAUUAAAUAUCAUUGAAAUUUAAUAGAUUUGUUACACAGGAUCUUCCUGAUCAAAGACCAUACUGUCUGUCAUUUCUCUCAGGUGUUCUACCCAUUUGGUUUUAAUUAUUUUGUCCAAUAUCUUGACUACUACACUUGUCAACGAUUCAGGUCUAUAGUUAAGAGGGUUAUCCCUGUUGCCACUUUUGUAGAUUGGAACUACAAUCUACAAAUGUGGCAGAUUGUAGAUUUGUGCUCAUUCUCUGAGAACCCAAGGUAUAACUCCAUCUGGCCAAACUCCUUUGUUCCUACUUAACUCCUUGCACAUUUUUCCCACAUCGUCUCUAGACACCUCUAUGUCUAGAGGUUUUCUG